AUGGAGGUGGACGUGGACGUGGACAUGGACGUGGACGUGGACGUGGACAUGGAUGUGGACAUGGACGUGGACGUGGACGUGGACGUGGAGGUGGACGUGGACGUGGACAUGGACGUGGACGUGGACGUGGACGUGGACAUUGUCGUGGACGUCAACGUGGACAUGGACGUGGACGUGGUCGUGGACGUGGACAUGGACGUAGACGUGGACAUGGAGGUGGACGAGGACGUGGACGUGGACGUGGAUGUGGACGUGGACGUGAACGUGGACGUGGACGUGGACGUGGACGUGGAGGUGGACGUGGACGUGAACGUGGACGUGGUCGUGGACGUGGACGUGGACAUGGACGUGGACGUGGACUUGGACGUGGACGUGGACGUGGACGUGGUUGUGGACGUGGACGUGGACAUGGACGUGGACAUGGACGUAGAGGUGGAGGACUUGAACGUGGACGUGGACAUGGACGUGGACGUGGACGAGGACGUGGACGUGGACAUGGACCUGGACGUGGACGUGUACGUGGACGUGGACGUGGCCAUGGACGUGGACGUGGACGUGGACAUGGACGUGGACGUGGACGUGGACGUGGACGUGGACGUGGACGUGGACAUGGAGGUGGACGUGGACGUGGACAUGGACGUGGACGUGGACAUGGACGUGGACGUGGACGUCGACGUGGAGGUGGAAGUGGACGUGGACAUGGACGUGGACGUGGACAAGGACAUUGUCGUGGACGUCGACGUGGACGUGGACGUGGACGUGGUCGUGGACGUGGACGUAGACGUGGACGUGGACAUGGACGACAUGGACCUGUACGUGGACGUGGACGUGGACGUGGACGUGGAGAUGGACGUGGACGUGGACGUGGACGUGGACAUGGACGUGGACAUGGACGUGGACGUGGACGUGGACGUGGACAUGGACAUGGACGUGGACUUGGACGUGGACAUGGACGUGGACAUGGACGUGGACGUGGACGUGGACGUGGACGUGGACAUGGACGUGGACGUGGACGUGGACAUGGACGUGGACGUGGACGUGCACGUGGACGUGGACGUGGACAUGGAUGUCGACGUGGUCGUGGACAUGGACGUGGACGUGGACGUGGACGUGGAUGUGGACGUGGAGGACUUGGACGUGGACAUGGACAUGGAUGUGGACGUGGACUUGGACAUGGACGUGGACGUUGACAUGGACAUGGACGUGGACGUGGACGUGGACGUGGACGUGGACAUGGACGUGGACGUGGACGUGGACGUGGAUAGGGAAGUGGACCUGGACGUGGAUGUGGACAUGGACGUGGACAUGGAUGUGGACGUGGACAUGGAUGUGGACAUGGACGUGGACGUGGACCUGGACGUGGACGUGGACAUGGACGUGGACGUGGACAUGGACAUGGAUGUGGACAUGGACAUGGACAUGGACGUGGACGUGGACGUGGACGUGGACGUGGACCUUCUCGUGGACGUGGACGUGGACGUGGACGUGGUCGUGGACGUGGACGUGGACGUGGACGUAAACGUGUACGUGGACGUGGAGAUGGACGUGGACAUGGAUGUGUACGUGGACAUGGACUUGGACAUGUAUGUGGACGUGGACGUGGACGUGGACGUGGACAUGGACGUGGACGUGGACGUGGACGUGGAUGUGGACAUGGACAUGGACAUGGACGUGGACGUGGACGUGGACGUGGACGUGGACCUUCUCGUGGACGUGGACGUGGACGUGGUCGUGGACGUGGACGUGGACGAGGACGUGGACGUAAACGUGGACGACGUGGACGUGGACGUGGACGUGGACGUGGACGUGGAGAUGGACGUGGAUGUGGAUGUGGACGUGGACGUGGACGUGGACGUCGACGUGGACGUGGACGUGGACGUGGAGAUGGACUUGGACUUGGACGUGGACGUGGACGUGGACGUGGAUAGGGAAGUGGACCUGGACGUGGACGUGGACAUGGACGUGGACAUGGACGUGGACGUGGACAUGGACGUGGACAUGGAUGUGGACGUGGACGCAGACGUGGACGUGAACAUGGACGUGGACAUGGACGUGGACGUGGACGUGGACGUCGACGUGGAGGUGGACGUGGACCAUGGACAUGGACAUGGACUGGACGUGGACGUAAACGUGGACGUGGACGUGGACGUCGACGUGGACGUAGACGUGGAGGACUUGGACGUGGACGUGGACGUCGACGUGGACGUGGACGUGGGCGUGGACGUGGACGUGGAGGUGGAGGUGGACGUUGACGUGGACGUGGACGAGGAGGUGGACGUGGACGUGGACGUGGACGUGGACGUGGACGUGGACAUGGACGUGGACGUGGACGUGAUCGUGGACGUGGACGUGGACGUGGUCGUGGACGUGGACGUGGACAUGGACGUGGACGUGGACGUGGAUGUGGACAUGGUCAUGGACCUGGACGUGGACGUGGACGUGGAGGUGGACGUGGACAUGAACGUGGACGUGUACGUGGACGUGGACAUGGACGACGUGGACCUGGACGUGGACGUGGACGUGGAUGUGGACGUGGACGUGGACGUGGAGAUGGACGUGGACGUGGACGUGGACGUGGACAUGGACGUGGACGUGGACGUGGACGUGGACGUGGACGUGGACAUGGACGUGGACGUGGACGUGGACAUGGACGUGAACGUGGACAUAGACGUGGACGUCGACGUGGACGUGGACAUGGACGUGGACGUGGACGUGAACGUGGACGUGGACGUGGGGACAUGGACGGUGAACGUGGACGUGGACGUGGACAUGGACGUGGACGUGGACGUGGAGGACGUGGAGACCGUAGGAACAUGGACGUGGACGUGA